AUGUCUACCUCCAACUCCAUCAAACAAGCCGCCGAAGCAGCUCGAAAUAAAACAUCAGAAGCAAUGGAAAGUACUAAACGUCUUGCCGACUCUGCCAAAGCAGAUCCUAUCGCCGUCAAGAAUGACCUCCUCCACACCCCCUUUGUGCGUGCCGCCCUCCCCUUUAUCAACGGUGGUCUCGCCGGUAUGACAGCCACCUCGGUCAUCCAACCUAUCGACAUGAUAAAAGUACGUCUUCAACUCGCCGGCGAAGGAAUCCGCACUGGUCCCAAACCAACCCCUCUAUCAGUCGCCCGUGAGAUCAUCGCUUCAGGUAAAGCCCUCGACCUCUACACUGGUCUUAGCGCAGGUCUCCUUCGCCAAGCCGUUUACACCACCGCCCGGCUUGGUUUCUUUGACAGUUUCAUGACUACUCUCUCUGCUCGCUCAAAAGCUAGCAAUAACACAAUUAGUUUUAAAGAACGCGCGGUAGCUGGUCUCUCGGCAGGUGGUUUAGCGGCUAUGUUAGGUAAUCCGGCGGAUCUGGCACUUAUCCGUAUGCAAUCCGAUGGAUUAAAACCAUUAGCUCAACGCAAACACUACAAAUCCGUCAUUGACGCCUUGACAUCUAUCACCAAAUCUGAAGGUAUAACGGCGCUCUGGGCCGGUUGUGCACCCACCGUCGUCCGGGCCAUGGCUCUUAAUUUUGGACAACUCGCAUUCUUUUCCGAAGCAAAAUCACAACUCAAGACACACACGGACUGGAAUUCCAAGGCACAGACAUUGAGUGCAUCAGCUGUGGCGGGAUUUUUUGCGAGUUUCUUUAGUCUGCCGUUUGAUUUUGUGAAGACGAGGUUGCAGAAACAAGGGAGAGGGAAGGACAGGAUUUAUAAAGGGAUGGGAGAUUGUUUUGUUAAGGUGGCGAGAGAAGAGGGCAUGCUGAGGUUUUAUAGAGGCUUUGGAACGUAUUAUGUGAGGAUUGCUCCGCAUGCUAUGGUUACGUUGAUCGUGGCGGAUUGGUUGGGGUUCAUGACUAAGUGA